UAUUUUCAAUUUUUUAAUUCACAGUUGAGUUCUUAUUCGUCACUCUCUCCAAUUUGAUUCUCUCUUUCAGAUUCCCCUUGUCUUCGUUACCUCCAACCAAACCCUAAUGCGCUCUCUUUCCACUCUGCACUGUCGCCGUUUCUCAUAACCUAAUCUCGCAGCAUUAGAUUCAAAAAUCUCAACUUUAUAUCAACUAGUUCGAUUCCCAUUAUUCAUUUAAUUUCCCCCCCUUUUAUUUUGAUUCUUCUCGCCCGAAUCAUUCGUUUCUCACGAUGAAAGAAGGUGGUAAAUCUGUUAAACUCAACCAUCAACAGCAGCACCAGAACGGUCACCUCUCCUCUUCCAAAUUCGCGAAAUUGCUUGAUCCUGAAGCUUCUUGGGACAAGGAUCAACUGGGAGAUGUAUUGCAUUGGAUUCGACAAGUGUUGGGCCUUGUAUGUGGACUACUCUGGGGUACCUUACCUUUGGUUGGGGGAAUUUGGUUUAUCCUAUUUUUAGCAAUGUCCACCGCGAUCAUAUAUGGUUAUUAUUCGGUAAUAUUGAAGAUUGAUGAGGAAGAGUUUGGCGGUCAUGGAGCUCUCCUCCAAGAGGGGCUUUUUGCAUCUGUAACUCUCUUCCUGCUUUCCUGGAUUUUAGUUUACAGUUUAGCACACUUCUGAUUGGCCGGGCACUUGAAGUGUUGCCAAUAUCUCCCAACGUCAGUGAAAUAUUUAAGAGGUUAUAUUUGAUUCCAUGUUGGGCCAUAUUUACUUGAAAUCAUUGAGAAAAAUCUGUGUUGCGGUUAUUUGCUUUGCUUCUAUGUAAAAACGUUCUGGUUUUGUGUAGCAUGAACACAAUUGCUUCUGCUUUCCAUGAAUGGUAAGUAGCUGUUUUAGUCCAGCAUUCCUAAUGACACCACGUGUUGUAGCAAAUUAUACACUGCUAAAUUGACGACAAUCAAAAUCAUGUUUAUUGAACCGUGAAAUAAAGGUCUUGCAGGCAAAUUCCGAAGGAUAUUUUUGCAAUUGUCAAGAUUAACCCUGCGCUUUCCUAUCUCUUAUUCCACACAGGUUCCGAAUUUUGUUUUUGUGCUGCUGAAGCUGUGAGAGUUGUAUUUUAUGGGGCUUAGGGGAGGCCCCAUUGAUGCCCACUAGAGGGGCACAUGGUAGAUCGAACACCCCUUCUGCACACAAGGCAACACCAGGUGCCAAAUUGAGCUGAGGCUCAUUGACUAUUUGCAGGACAUAGAAUCUUCAUCCUGGUUUGAGAUAAAUAGAUAAAAAAAUUUAUUACAAAGAGUUCCACCACAAUUAGUUAUGAUGCCUGUGAAUUCCAUUGAAAGUUUUUAUGUGCCUUCCUUUUUCUAAAAAGACCUUUUAUAAUAAUGAUAAAACAUCAGUCUUUCUCG